UAAAUUUAUCAUUUUUGAGUCUACAAGGUUACGAUGGAGCUAAAUGAGCGGGGAUUGCAAGGCAUAAAUGCUUAUUUAAAGGAAAAAUAUCCUCUUGCUUUAUACAUUCACUGCAGUUCGCACAGUUUAAAUCUUGCAAUAUACCAGAGAUCCAGAACCGUAUCAAGAAUUUAUCACAGAGAUGCUUUACUUUCCCAGCUGAAACUCAUUAAAAUGGCAUUAAAGUAUGAUUCCUCACCAUCAGUAUUUGAAUAUCAUUUGCCCUGCAAUGAUAAAUUUUAUCCUCAUGUUAAAAGACUUUUAAAAUUUUUGUGCACUCUUCCUAUAAAGAAUUGCACAAGUGAGAGAUCUUUCUCGACUUUGAGUAGGCUAAAAGCAUACUUGAGAAGUACCAUGCAUAAUGAACGUUUAAACAGUCUUGCACUGCUGAAUUCGAGGAACGUGACCAUCACUCCUGAGGAGUUAUAAAUGAAAUCGCGGGAAAAAAAAAAAAAACUAGAUUUUAUUCUGUGACUAUUUGUACACCUACAUAAGCUGACUGGUGACUGUAAAUGAAAACACUAUAACCAUCAUGUUUUUGUUUUGUAAUUACAUACUAAAGUGAGAUUUUUCUUCUAUGACUUGGUGCUUCUAUAAUGAUGCAUUUGCUGUUCUCAUUUUUGAAUUUUGAGAAAAGUAAAUGCAUAAAUUCUUAUGCUUCCAGGUACUUUAAUUAAGUUUUUGUUAUUAAUAAUUUAUUUUAUUAAUUAAUGCUAAUUAUUU